ACAAUUUAGCAAAGACAGAGAAGAGACAAACUUAAGGUUAAUCAGUUCAAUGCGUGACACGAGUUUUGACAAAACACUGCAUACGUAUUAACAGUUAAAAGAUUGUCACAUCAAUCAGUAUGGAGGGUUUGAAAGUCAUCGUAAUGUUAUGGGUUUGCAUGGGAGGUAUAUCGACAAGUGCGCAUGACAGUUCUUUGGAGUUUGUAGCUGCUGUAUAUGAGCACGCUGUCAUUGGUGCAGCGGACAGGAAAACUGUCCUUACUAAGCAACAAGCACUGAAGAUUGUUAUGACAAACAUGGACAUCUACGAACUACAGAUACAACGAGCCAAGGAACAUAACACUAGCAUCAUUGUUUUUCCCGAGUACGGUCUGACUGGUUUUGGUUACACACGUGAUUCAUUUAAACCGUUCUUGGAGGAUAUUCCAGAUCCAAUGAAAACAAACCUGACAGCAUGCAACGACCCAACGACAAACUUAACGACACCCAUCAUCUACCGACUCAGCUGUCUUGCUAGAGAUAACAGUAUCUACAUCGUAGCCAACAUGGGUGAUAUAAAAGUCUGCCAUAAAGACCCCCAUUGCCCUAAGGACGGAAGAUAUCAGUAUAAUACCAACGUUGUGUUUAACGAUAUGGGGACUUUAGUUGCAAGGUAUCACAAGCAGCAUCCAUUCCUAAACGAAAUGAAGGUCGUCGAUCGUCCGCGAGUACCAGAAUUCAUCACUUUCAUCACACCAUUUGGUAAAUUUGGAACAAUGAUAUGCUUUGAUGUCCUCUUCCACGACCCCGCGAUACCGCUGGUCACUGAAUACAACGUGGACCACAUAGUCUUUCCUACAGCUUGGUUUGAUGUGCUGCCUCUGUUUUCUGCCAUUGGUUUCCAUGGCUCAUGGGCACGCGGCAUGGAAGUGAACUUUCUCGGCGCAAACACUCAUAUUCCACUAUACAGCAAUACUGGAAGUGGAAUUUACUCACCAAAUGGUGUAAAAAGCUAUUAUAGAAGUAUGUCCAGUAAUGGAUCACUACUUAUUGGUGUCUUAUCAAAGAAUCCAAGGAAAACACGACGAAGCGAAAUUCCUAUGAUAUCCAGCGAAAAAAUUCAGGCGAAAAUAGAUGAAGAUGCUUUCUACUCGAAUUUGUUUGGUGAUCUGUUUCUAUUCAAAGAAUUGAAAAACUCAGAAGAUUCCUUGAGUGUUUGUUAUAAUGAAUCGGAAAUUUGCUGUUCACUUGAUUACAAAAUGAGCGCAAAACGCGACGAUGAACUGUUUGCUUUGGGUGUCUUUGAUGGUCUUCAUACCUUAGAGGGGAAGUACUAUCUACGCAUUUGUACUCUGAUCAAAUGUCAGACGCUAGACCGCACCUCAUGUGGGCAACAAGCGUUUAAUUCUAGCACCAUAUUCGACUCAUUUACCCUCAAAAGCCAGUUGAAUGUAAAGUAUGCCUUCCCACAAGUUGUAGGUGAUGGGGUGACACUUCUGCCUGGGGAAUGGUAUCAUGAUAUGCCAGUAACCAAACUGAUUUCAAGGAAAAGAUUAAGCCAUGGAUUGUUAACAGCAGCGAUCUUUGGUCGUGUGUACGAGUACGAUGAGGAGCAAAAAAAUCAUGCAACAUGUGGACUGUGCAUGAGCAGUGGUCUGAUGUACGUUAUGACGCUGAUAGCAUGGUCCAUUUAUUAAAGAUGCAAACUCUGUUCGUUUAUAUCGCGAACCAAUCCGGAUGGGUUUUUUUUCCGAAAACAUCAUCAUUAUCGAUAUCAGCAUUAGUGACACCAUAAACAAGUAGUACUCAUAAAAGACUAUACGUAGCUGCUGCUAAUUAAGCCGCCUCCGAGAUUUUCCGAUGACUUUUUAAUUCGUGGUCGACAACGAUUUUCAAAAUUUAGCUAAGCCUAGAUGUUCACAAUCAUGAUUUUUCUGAACUGAAAUGUAUUUUGUUAAAAUGUUUUCGUACGUAGGAUUCAUUAUAAAUACUCAGUUUUGUUUCUUCUACGUGUGUUUUAAUAUUCCGAGCU